AUGCCAACUUCAGCUGUCGACAGAGAUCUCCUCACCCGUCAUCAUCGACAGUCCCAUCAGCGGAAGCAAGAUGGCGUAGAAGAGAGCCCAGAUCAUGAUGGGCCGGUCCACUCUACCCAAAACUCGCCCUCCGAUGGAGAACAUACGGCGCCCACUCCUCCUCUGGGGCUUGGGCAAGUCACUCCUCCCCCGACUCUCGAGCAAGUCGACACGGGAGAGGCCAUCCUCUUCCAAUGUCCCGACAUGGAGGCUGAACCAGAGACAGGCUCUGAGAGACCAACUACCACGACCACUGACACAGUAGUUGGCCUGGAGCCUUUGGGUCUAUCAGCUACCUCCAACUUCCUUGUAGGCGCAGCCGAAGGUUUGCAGGAGUUCGACUUCCUAUGGAGCGACUUCCCUGCCGACGAUCAGCCUCUCCCAACCACCUUCUUCGACACCGACUUCUCCCUCGUUGAUAUCUCACAUCAGUACGCAGCUCACCGGCCGGCUGCCGGCCCUUCGAGGGAGUGUACCGCAGACCUGGCUACGAAUCCACCCAUCGACCCAAGCCUCUCCCAUGAGGCAACGCACACUCAUCCCGUCGUGUCGAGGCUCCCAUCGCUCGAGCCUCCAAGCCGGGAGGCAUCCUCUAGGCUGGUCCCGUCCCAGACAACUACAAGCUACCAGCCAUUUUCCGUUUCAGAGCAAGCACCAGCUGUCUGUCCCUGGCGGAUAUCACCAGAUGAAUACCAGGAGCUCUCACGACGGAUAGGCUUAUGGGCUACGGUUACCCCCCAUCCUUUUAUCUUGCCCUCGAGGCGCACGCUCUCCCGAUACCUUGAGGGAUACUUCCGUGGUUUCCAUGCGCACAUGCCCAUGCUCCACACGGCAACUCUCACGGCAACAGAGCUGGGUCCAGAGCUGAUCUUGUCUCUGGCCGCAGUCGGUGCUCUGUAUCGCUUCGAGCAUGCAAAAGGCGUGGAGUUGUAUCGUGUUGCUAAGGCCCUCAUUAACUGGCGGCUAGAUCAGCUACACGAAGAGACCAUCUCACGCCUUACCAGUACUUCGCCCGGAUAUGCAGGUUUUGCACUCGUCCCUGGUGACUCGCAGCAUGACCGGCCAUCUCCAAUACUGUCCCAUGGACAUCAGGGCAUCCGCUUGUUACAAGGACUGCUAGUCCUCAUGGCGAUAACAUCAUGGGGCGAAAAGGCACUCGUUCGGGACGCCCUGUCCAUGGCCAGCCAGGUGGCAACAUUGGUACGCGAAUUCGGCAUCAGUAGUCCCGAGGAUUCUUCAACAAGGGAGACAUCUUGGGAGGACUGGAUACUCUCGGAGGAGAGACGGCGCACUCUUUUUGUGGCAUACGUCCAGUUCGGUCUCCAGUGUACCGCCUUCAACGUCCCUCCGAUGAUUUUGAAUCAGGAAGUUCGUCUCAACCUUCCAGCCUCUGCCGCAGAAUGGGAAGCCCAGACAGCGGUUGAGUGGUCCAACUUCUACAACAAUGCUCCUUGGCCUCCCAGGCUAUUUCAGGAGACUCUAGAACAGCUCCUAUCUGGAGCACCGGUUCACCAUGAAGGAUCCAUCUCUGCUUUUGGCAACUACGCCCUCAUUCACGGCCUAUUCAUGCAAAUCUUUUACGCUCGCAACGCCCUGGGUCCAUCUGUAGACUCCAGAGGAUCGCUGAGUGAAGAGUUCAUCAAGAAGAUGGAGGCAGCGCUCCGAGCCUGGCAGGAAUCCUGGGAAGCAACCCACGAGUCAACUCUAGACCCGUCAUCCCCAAAAGGUCCGUUAGGAUUCAACUCGACCGCUCUUCUCCGCCUCGUCUACAUUCGCCUUAACGCACAUACGGGACCUUUUCGACAGCUCUUUACGCGGGACCCCGUGAUAAUUGCACGUGGAUUCACCGACGGAAAGAUCACCGUGUGCAACAGGUCACCGCAUCUCGAUAGGGCCAUUUUGCAGUGCAUCCACGCACUAAGCAUCCCAGUCCGCGUUGGUAUUGCCUUUGUUGCCCGCACCUUGACUCUCAACUGGAGCUUCCAACACGCUCUUUCUAACCUUGAAUGUGCUUUUUUGCUCACUAGAUGGCUCCGUGGGCUCGCUUUCGCUGUUGAGAAGUCCGGCUUGGCUGACUUACGGCCGGACGAGCAGAAACUGCUCAACAUGGUUGUCACCCUCGUCCACGAGACUGAGUUGGCCGAUUCAUUGGAUGGCGCCCAGGAUCACGCCAGUCGGAUACGGAAGUUGGCGGCGUCUGUUGCUCGGCUUUGGGCUGAGACAUUCAAGGGUUUCCAGGUCUUUGAGAUUGUGUAUGUAGUUGGUCAAAGCCUGUCUAUUGUGGCGGACACUCUUGAGAGAGAGUAA